AUGAUUCUCGCACAAAGCUUGUUCGUUUCAUCGGAAACACGCGAAUACGGAAAGAAGACCUUGCUCGGAGCAGAAGUGUUUGAGGUUGAUCCAGACGACUACAUCACAUCAGUUGAGGUGCAAUCCGACAGGAUCUUUGGGCAAAACACAUAUGUUAUCACCUGCUUAAUCUUCAAAACAGCUAAGGGGAAAACCUCACCGCCCUUUGGACUCGAGGGUGCGCAGAAAUAUGUACUCAAGGACAAGAAUGCUGGAAAACUUGUAGGAUUCCAUGGACGAGCAGGCGAAGUUCUUCAUGCUCUAGGAGCAUAUUUCGCUCCUUCGUCAAGUACUUAUUCGGGCGGUCUUACUUCUUCGAGCACUCAGCCAGCUGGAUCAGCUGCCGGUGCCAAAAAACUAGAGGCAAAAGGUGGUAAUGCGGGAAACCCAUGGGACGAUGGUCCUCAUGAUGGUGUUAAAAAAGUGUACGUAGGUCAAGGCGAGUCAGGGGUAUCGUACGUCAAGUUCGUCUAUGAGAAGGACUCUAAGGAGGUCACCGGAAAUGAUCAUGGAAAAAGGACACUACUUGCACCUGAAGAGUUCGUGCUUGAUCCAAACAAAUAUAUAACCGCUGUGGAGAUUAACUACGACAACAUAUUUGGAACUGAAUCUGAAAUUAUAACGCUGCUUAGGUUCACGACAAACAAGCGAACCUCUCCGCCUUUUGGACUUGAAGGUGCAAAAAGUGUCCUACUCAAAGAAGACGGCCACAAGAUCGUUGGGUUCCAUGGCAAAGCAGGUGCUGACAUACUUCACCAAGUUGGAGUCCAUGUCAAGCCCAUCUCCAAGUGAUCUGAGAAUGUCUUCUCUUAUGUCCCAAUGUAAUAAAGAUGAGCUAUAUGUCUAUAAAGAAAGCUCUCCUUUAGAAAUUGUCAUUGUACGUGUGUAACGGUAAGCGAAAGGUUUGAAUAAGGUAUUUCCACGUACUGUGCUUGUGUGUUCCAGUGUCUCCUUGUGUUGUAAUGGAGUUGUAACAAUGUUUAUAAGAUGUAUAAAAUCUUGGC